AUGCCAGCAGCAAUGAUACCAGAACGAGCUUUUGUCAACCAAUUCUGGGGCCCCCAGGAUGGAGGGUUUGCUGUUGCUCAGGCCAAAAUCAAGGACUCCAUCGCCAUGUUGGAGGAGCUCCUCCACUACUACAGAGAAAGGAUAGCCAUUGAAAAGGAUUACAAUAAGAAGUUGGAGAAAUUGAAUAACCAGGUUUUGGGAUCUGGCGAGAUCGGAACACUCAAAGUUGCGCUUGACAAGCUCCAAAUUGAGAGCAAGAACAUGAUCUCCAAGCACCACAAGUUCUCCCGUAGUCUCACUCUCCAGAACUACGAAAAGCUCCAUAACUUCUACCAGAUAUAUGUUAAGAACACUACGAAGCUUGAGACCCACAUGCAGAAGGUUAUCUCCAGAAAACAUGAUUGUUUCAAUCGUUUAGAGACUGCCAAGGAGAAAUUUCGCAUGGAAAGUUCUCAGGUCAAGUCAUUGACCUUGUUAUGUCAGACUACAUGGGGAAAAGAGCUUGAUCGCAACACCAUGAAGCUUAACAAGCUUAGGAUGGAGUUGGAGGGAUCAAGACGGGUAUACCAGGCAACACUCAAAAGAUACAAUGAUAUUCACGAGAUUUGGGUUCGAGACUGGGCCAUUGCUCUUCUGAACCUUUACCAGCUAGAGAUCGAACGUAUUCAGAUGUGCAAGCUCAACUGCUUCAGCUAUUGCAACAACAUUGCGCUGCUCUGCGUCGACUUGGACCAAUGUGCGGAUGUAGCACGUAAUUCGUUUGCAAAAGUGGCUGCGCCAAAUGACAUUCACGAUUUUGCAAUUACUUAUGGUAGUGGCGACAAAAUCCCCAAUGCGCCAGUGUUCAUUGAUUUCCUGAAUGGAAUGGAUGAAGAUUGCCUUGAAAAGCCUCCAUACACCGUGGCAAACUUCAAGGAUCCAGAUUUCUCUCAGAUUUUAACAAGAACUUUCUCGGUUCAAUCAGAUAUGGCUGGGGGCCAACGACAAAGCCCUACUAGACUGAACGUGUCUCCUCAAGCUGACAGCACGCACAUCUCUAAUGCAAUGCUCACCGGAAGUCCUCAGCAAAGGACUCCAACAAGCAAGCAAUUACCUCCUAUCAAGGAGCCACUCUUAUCUAAGCUGCCACCAAAGUUCGACUUGAACAACGAGAUGUCGCCAAGCAAACUGCUAGCACAGAGUGUUCAGUUGGGUCCACCAGCAGGGCUGAGUGGCAUCUUUAGCAGAUUGGCAGACAGAAGUGGUCCAGAACAAGGAAACAACAUGAUUGGAAUUCGAAAGACACCUUCCAGAACCAGUGCAUAUACUUCUGGUGCCGAAGACCGUGCCGACUUGUUUGAUGAAGGAAAUAAGCUUCAGAGCUCCAAUGGCCUGCUGGAGUAUUCCAACCCCACUAAUUAUACCAGCAACACUGCCAGAAGUUGGUCUUCUCCACGCAGAAAAGACAAACUGGUGCACGAUGUUCAAGACCAGAUCAAUAGAAGACUGAGGGACAUGACAGAUUUAUUUUCUAGCAUGGCGUCACAUGGCCCUCCGCCAAUGCAGAAGCCCGAUGUCCCUAUAGCGAAAGACUUUUCUAUUGACUUCAUGGCUAAGGCAUUAGAAGAUCUUAAUGCUGGAGGAGAUGGAGAUGUGACACAAUUCAGAAGGUCUGUGAGAGAUGCCAGUGGUAUGUUGGGAGCCAGCACAUCUACGAUAAUGCAGAAGCUUCCACCGUCGGACUUUGUGGAUGAUGAAGACGAAAUUGCUACCAGAAGAGAUGAAACAAGGAGCACUAUUGGUUUGAGAAGUGGCAUUGCUCUGAGUGGUGAAAGAAGAGAUAACAUUGCUACGAGAAAUGACAGCAUUGCUUUCCGAAGUCCGAGACCCAAGUCCAUGGUGGUGGAGGGCCUGAACUUCCAAGAAGAAAACCUGUCGGACACAAUUGUCCGGAAGGAUAUGAGAAGACUGUUGCUGCGGUCACCAACCAAGUCAUACACCAAUCUCAAUUCUUUUGUGGAAAAGAUUACCCCGGUAACUCGUCACAAGUUUGAGACCAAGGCGGUUGCUAAGUAUACGUACAACGCCCAGGAGAAGGGAGAGUUAGGGUUCCGCAAAGGCUGGCACAUGUACGUGAUUCACAAGCAAGAGGACAAUUGGUAUGUGUGUGAAUUGGGAGAGAACUGUGGGUCCAGUCGAGGCAACGUGGGGUUGGUUCCGUAUAAUUAUUUGGUGGAGGGAGACGGAGUGUUCUAG